UCACAGGGUACAGGGCUAUUCACAACAGCCUUGUACCAUGUGAUAAGCUGUGACCAAUCACAGCUCACACAGUAUUUCUCAAUGGCAGCAAGAGGGACCUCUGUGCGAGGCCCCGAUCAUGUGAUCACUGAUUGGCCAAUCAGUGAUCACAUGCAGAGUAAUAAGCAAGAUGACACUUCUGACAUUGCUUACUACGUGUGAAAUCUGUGAAUGAUCACAGAGAUCACAUGGUACAGGGCUAUGCACAACAGCCUUGUAUCAUGUGACAAGCUGUG